GAAGAGGUCAGGGCCGGUGAGAGGAGAGGUCAACCAUAUUAGAUUUGAUUAGGAUCACAAAAGCAGAUUACUCAAUUGUUACCAGUAUUAUGUUCCUCUGAUGAACAUGAUAGCCUACUGGCAACAAUUGAACUUGAACCUCCUCAUUAAGUUUUUUUGCAGAAAGGUUAAGAUGUCUAUAGGCGCUAUGGUUGGGUCAUUUUAAACUAGAAUGGAGUUUGGAAAAGCAGUUGCCACGACUUAAAAUUGUAUUACUCUCAGAACUACCAUCAGAAGAUCCGUCAGGACUGCGCCGACUACAUGAAAGCCACCAGAUGCAACUUUGAACCGUUUGUUGAAGGUUCAUUUGAGAAAUAUCUGGAGCGUCUGGAGGACCCCAAGGAGACAGUGGGUCAGGUGGAGAUCAAGGCUCUUUCUCAGCUCUACAGGCAUUGUUUCCUGAUCUAUCGUUACCCGGGGGAACCAGCCAUGGUGAUCUCGGAGGGCGACUUUGUUGACAAGGUGACACUGUGUGCCUCCAACAAUCACUAUGACAUCAUAUACCCGAGGAGUUACCUUGCCUCUGCCGCUCUCUGUCAGUCUCUUCUCUAUGAGCUGCUCUAUACUAAGGUGUUUGGGUUUGAGGAGGCGGAGCUCAGUGACGCCAUGGAGGCCUUCAGGAUCGGAGGUCGUUGCUAUAGAAACAGACCAUCCGCGUGUAGGGAUGUCGACUUUGGCUGCGACACACCUGAGGACCGAUGUCACAGGGAGGAGUCGAAGUCGGGUGGAGCGGCAGAGGAGAAACUCCAAGCUGUGACAGACGACUCAAAGCCUCCUGAAGAAGUCCCGCCCCCCUCCAGACUGUCUCUUCCUUAUAAGGUCAUGAAGUCUCUGGACGGAAAACGUUACAGAAACCUUGAGUUUGAUGUCUGGCUGGACACCUGCAAAGAGAUGCAGAAGACCAACUACAUGGUGUUUGAAGGGAGGCAGUACUUCCUGGGAGACAAGUGUCAGGUGCGUCUAGAGCCGCAGGGGAAGUACUUCAAUGCCUUCAUCCAGGAAGUAGGAACACAGCCAUCAGCCGUCACCGUCUUCAUCGAGGAGCUGGCAGAGAAACACCUGGUUCCUCUGACUAAUCUAAUACUAGUGAACCCAUUUCCUGCCUGGAACGUUGCUGAUCCCACCAGAAAAGGAGACCUGGACUCGGACUCUCGUGGUCAGCGACGUCACCGCCAUCGGUACUACAGGAAGUCUUGCGGAGUGAAAGGGGCGAAGCUGCUGAUGCCGCCACCAUUCUACUAUGGAGGCCCAGAUCCCUUCGCCCUGCCCCCCCCCUUCCAGACCGGCCCGCCCGCUCCUCUGUCACCAGGAGCCAUGACCUACGACCCCUACGCCCCCCUACACCAUCACUACCACCCAACCAGACCUCCUCGCAACGGAGCCUCCAGAAGGUCCACGCGCUUUCUGAGCCGCCACCUAAUUGGUCCAGAGUUGACCUAUUACCACCCUGGCAGACGAUAUUACCACAACAACGAGAACUACGCCUUCAGUCGUAGUCGGCGUCUGCUGCUGAAUAAAGAGUGUCAGUUUGGUUUCCCCGCGGAGACAGUGGAGGAGCCGACUUAUCAGGAUGCAACCAUGGCAUACUACCAGCUGGACGAGACCAGUGACGCCGUCUUCCCUCCAGUGCCAAUGAGAAGACCAAAACUACAAGAACCAGAUGAUACAGACCCGGUUGUGGAACCGCCUCCCUCCAUGGGAGGAAACACCCCCCUCUGCUCGUCAGAGGAGGACCAGGCUGAGUACACAGACGAGUACAUCUACUUUACUCAGGAUCAGAGAUACCAGCCCUCAGGUGUUUACACUGCUGCUGAGCCCUCCACAGAUCAGGUAGAGAAGCCAUUAGCGGCCACCUGCUCUUCACCCUCCUCAUCCUCCUCCUCCCCAUCUUCUGAGUUGGGUGAGCCUCACUGCACCGUGGAAGCUCCGCCCCCUUACUCGAACGCCCCUAACGGCAGUGAUUUACCCCAAGACUGCAGAGUCCUCCAGUAUUACUUCAACUUAGGAGUCCAGUGGUACCAUCAGCAGCAGCAGCAGCAGCAGCAGCAGCACGUGUACCAUGCCACCUCACAGGAGGCACCCUACCCCUACCAGCACUACACCCCCUACCUGAGCCAGGAACCGCCCCUGCAUGCUGCCCCUCCUUCGUACUCUGAGACAACUCAAGGGCCCAAUCAGCCACCCUCCUCUUACCCAGAAUCCACCAAGGCAGAAGAUGGACACACACAUGGACACAGCAGUGGCCCCGCCCCCUCCUGUGAAGCCUCCUCCUCCACCAUCAGCCCUGCCCCUCCAGACUCCACCCCCUCCUCUGCUUUCCCGUACCCAUAUCAAACACCCCCCCCACCACCCUCGCUGCUGCACCUGCCAUAUAAACCUCCGCCCACGGCCACCUAUCUUCCAACUGCCCUUCCUCCUCUGGCUUUGUCUGCUCAUCCUGACCCCGCCUACCUCACCCAUCACUCCUCUUACCACGCCUACCUCUCCCGCUCCACCCACUGGGGGGCCUUACAGACCAGAGGCCACGCCACGCAGGUCUACUGCCCUGCCCCUAACCCCUCCCACUGGGGGGCGCUACAGACCAGAGGCUAUGCCACACAAGUCUACUGCCCUCCCCCUAACCCCUCCCACGUUGUCGGUUACAUCAGAGCCCCGACAUCCCACCACAUGGCCACACACUACAUUCCUCCCAGCAUCUAACACACGCAACAUACCUCACUCAUUAGCUAAAGGCUAACAACACCCUUUGUGUUCAAUAAGCAGUGCUAAGAAGUCCCCCAAACAAUUUCCUGCUAAUGUGGAACCUUAACAAAAU